CCAGCGCCUCGCUGUCAGUUUGUGAGCAGCGUUGAAGAAAUGAGGGUGGCCGUUGUGUUCUUCGCAGUCCUCGUGACGCUUAUUGUGGCCGAUGAGGCACCAUCUGAAGAAGACGUAUUGGUCUUGAAAGAGUCCAAUUUUAAGGAGACAAUAUCCGAGAAUGAAUUCGUUCUUGUUGAAUUUUACGCUCCGUGGUGUGGACACUGCAAGGCCCUGGCCCCAGAAUACGCUAAAGCCGCCACCGCCCUCAAGGAACAAGGCUCUGCCAUCAAACUCGCGAAGGUUGACGCCACAGAAGAGACGAGCCUUGCCGAGGAGAGUGGCGUGAGAGGCUAUCCUACCCUCAAGUUCUACCGCAAUGGAGAACCCAUUGACUACAGCGGCGGCAGAACAUCUGACGAGAUCGUCAGCUGGCUUCUGAAGAAAACUGGCCCUCCUGCGAAAACUAUCGCCACGGUUGAAGAUGCAAAGACUUUCAUCGAAUCCAAGAGCGUGACAAUUGUGGGCUUCUUUAAGGAUCAGGAAUCCACUGAUGCGAAGGAGUUCCUCGCCACCGCCGCUGCCAUGGAUGAUCAUCCUUUUGCUAUUACUUCCGAUGAUGCCGUUUUCUCAGAGUACUCUGCCAAGGACGGUUCUAUCGUUCUAUUCAAGGAGUUCGAUGAAAAGAAGAAUGUGUUCGAAGGUGAAGUGAAGAAAGAAGACGUACAGAAGUUCAUUGCUGGCAACGCUCUUCCCUUAGUUGUUGAUUUCAACCACGAAACUGCAUCGAAAAUCUUCAGCGGUGACAUCAAAUCCCACCUUCUGAUCUUCUUGUCCAAGGAGGCUGGUCACUACGACAAAUACGCUGAUAUUGCUCGUGCUGUUGCCAAGGACUACAGGGGCAAGGUGCUCUUCGUCACCAUCAAUACCGACGAAGAAGAUCACGGUCGCAUCCUCGAGUUCUUCGGCAUGACCAAGGAAGAAGUUCCCGGCCUGCGCAUCAUCAAGCUGGAAGAGGACAUGGCCAAGUACAAGCCCGAGAGCUACGACAUCACUGAGGACAACCUUCGCACCACCGUCGAUCUCUUCUUGGAAGGCAAACUGAAGCAACACCUUCUCUCACAAGAGCUUCCUGCCGACUGGAACGAUCAACCUGUCAAAGUUUUAGUGUCGAGAAAUUUCGAGGAAAUCGCCUUCGACAAGACCAAGGACGUGCUUGUAGAGUUCUACGCCCCGUGGUGCGGCCACUGCAAGCAGCUGGCUCCCAUUUACGACCAGCUGGCAGAGAAGUUCAAGGACAGAUCUGAUAUCGUGAUCGCCAAGAUGGACGCCACCGUCAACGAACUGGAGCAUUCGCUGCAGGUUGUCGAUUACAACGGAGCCCGCACUCUCGAAGCCUUGUCCGAUUUCUUGGAAGGAAAAGUUGAAGAAACUCCGGACGAAGAAGAAGUAGAUGAAGAGGAUGAUGUGCCUACGAAGGAUGAGCUCUAAGCAUUCCCCGGAACAAGAUUUGUUGAGCGUCAUUGUAAUUAUAUCACGUAAAAUAGUAGUUGGUCUUAGACAAGAGAUCUUCCAUCGUUUCAGGAGCACAGACUAGCGCAAUUUAACCAAUUAUUGUAAUUCUACUCAUCGGCAUUGACAGAGAACUUGUGUUUUUUGCUGCCGUGUUGUUGGAUAUUCUUGCUAUAUUUUUAUUAAAAUAAAGUUGCGGCUGCCAUCCCUAACGCUAUUGAGUGUGGCCUUAUUGUCAACACAUAAAUAUAAUAAGAGAACACCAGCCAUACCAUAGAAUUUAUUCUUCCAGCCAUGGAAGAUUCAAUGGUUGUGGGGGCAUUAUUACGCGUGCUACACUUGUACAGUUAACAUUGAAUUUCGACUAUUGUUUGGCCUUUGUUAAUUCCUUUGUCCCCUUUCGGGUUCUGCAUAAUAGAGCUUGAUCAUUUCUUUCUAGUUUUGAUUUGUGUUCGGUGUUUAAAAGGAGCUGCGAAUGCUGCAAGAGUUAAGUGUGCACAGGACUUACGAGCGCGUGCGAGUUAGGUGUGUGUGGUGACAGCGAGGUAAUUUUUCAGUAAAAUUUUCUAUAAAAAUU